AUCACCGAUUUUUGUUUUUUUACUGCUUCUUGAUGACUGGCCUGCCUGUUACUCCGAUUUCACCCGCUCAUGAAUAAUAAAUGAGUAAAUAAAAAACCAAGAAUUAUUUGGAGCUGGAAUAUUCAAUCAAGAUUUCAAGAAUUAUCAAACGGGGUUUUAACGGAUGAUUGUUCAUCCCCUUCCCCAUUUAUUGGCGAUUUCAGUUCAUUCUCCCUAGCAUUCAUCUGUCUGAAAUUCGCCGAUUCUUGAGAGGGUCUGGAGAAUGUCUACGUUGGUGCUUCUUCCCGAGGAAGAAGUGAAUCCGAAUGGGAGCCUGAAAGAGAUGGAGGGCAUAUUAAGCAUGGAAGAGCUGGAGGAGUUUGAUUUCUUGAAGUUUUCAGAAAAGCCAAGAAACGUGAACAUCGAGAGGAGGAGCUCCUGGGAUGAGAGGACACUUUUGACCUCUCCCAGUGCCCCGCUGGACUCCAUUUUCUUCUUGGACGGUGGAGUUGUUUCAGAGAAAAAGUCAUCUCCCAAGUCACCCUUUGGCGACUCGCCCCCAUUAGUGGCCGAGGCUUGGGAUCAUUUGAAACAGUCUCUGGUUUAUUUCCGUGGGAAGCCUGUUGGCACCAUUGCUGCUUUGGAUUGUUCUGAUGAAAAGCUCAACUAUGAUCAGGUGUUUGUGAGAGACUUUGUCCCAAGCGCAUUGGCUUUUCUGAUGCACGGGGAGCCUGAAAUUGUGAGAAACUUUAUCUUGAAGACGCUACGCCUCCAAUCUUGGGAGAAAAAGAUAGACCGUUUCCAGCUUGCAGAGGGGGUGAUGCCAGCCAGCUUCAAGGUGAUCCAUGACCCUGUGAAGAACUCAGAGACAUUAGUGGCAGAUUUUGGUGAGACUGCAAUAGGAAGGGUGGCUCCUGUCGAUUCCGGUUUCUGGUGGAUCUUUUUGCUGAGAGCCUACACGAAAUCUACAGGCGACACUUCCCUGGCUGACAUGCCGGAUUGCCAGAAGGGAAUGCGCCUCAUUCUCAGCCUUUGCCUCUCUGAGGGCUUCGAUACCUUUCCCACCCUUCUCUGUGCUGAUGGAUGCUCCAUGAUUGAUCGUAGGAUGGGAGUGUAUGGAUAUCCAAUAGAGAUUCAAGCACUGUUCUUCAUGGCUUUAAGAUGUGCCCUGCUGUUGCUGAAACAAGAUGCAGAAGGGAAGGAGUUCAUGGAAAGAAUAGAGAAGAGGCUCCAUGCUUUGAGCUACCACAUGAGGAGCUACUUCUGGCUUGAUCUCAAGCAGCUCAACGACAUUUACCGGUACAAGACGGAGGAGUACUCCCACACCGCUGUCAACAAGUUCAACGUCAUCCCGGAUUCCCUCCCGGAGUGGAUUUUCGACUUCAUGCCCACCCACGGCGGCUACUUCAUCGGCAACGUGGGCCCCUCCAACAUGGACUUCCGCUGGUUUUGCCUGGGGAACUGCAUCGCCAUCCUCUCUUCCCUGGCGACGCCCGACCAGGAGUCGAAAAUCAUGGACCUGAUCGAGUCGCGUUGGCACGAGCUGGUCGGUGAGAUGCCCAUGAAGGUCUGCUACCCUGCGAUUGAAGGGCACGAGUGGCGCAUCGUGACCGGGUGUGACCCCAAGAACACCAGGUGGAGCUACCACAACGGUGGGUCUUGGCCGGUGCUGCUUUGGCUGCUGACUGCAGCUUGCAUCAAGACAGGGAGGCCUCAGGUGGCGAGACGGGCGGUGGAGCUGGCAGAGGCGAAGCUGCCGAAAGACGGGUGGCCGGAAUACUACGACGGGAAGCAGGGGAGGUUCGUGGGGAAGCAGGCGCGCAAGCACCAGACAUGGUCCAUUGCAGGGUACCUGGUGGCAAAGAUGAUGCUGGAAGACCCCACACAUUUGGGGAUGGUGGCCAUGGAAGAAGAGAAGCAGUCCAAACCAGUGCUCAGAAGAUCCUCUUCCUUCUGAUGGAUUUAGCUUUCGCCCAUCAUUGCUAGGUUCCCCCCUACAUGUUUAAUUUUCUGGGGAUUAAUUCAUAUCAAUUGCCAAUUAUUUCACAGUAACAUUUGUUUGA